AUGGUUUCCAACAAGUGUUGUGUUCCUGGGUGUAGUAAAAAUGCUGCAUCUAAAUUUGGUGUUCCUAAAAAUAUGAUGAAUGUCUGGGAAAAUAUUAUUGGGUGUCCUUUAAACAGGAAUUCAAGAGUUUGUGCAAACCAUUUUAAACCUAGUGAUAUUACAUCAACAUGGGAGUCUGGUAAUGGUAGUAGCCAAAUCUCGAUUUGUUUAAGAAAGCCACGGUUAAAAUCUGGAGUUAUACCAAUUAAUAAUUUAAGUGAUGAAGUGAAUGAAACAAUGACAAUGCUUAACGAACAUAAUUAUUCUAAAGUUAAUCUAAAUGAUGAGUUUGAACCACCACUUGCCAAACGAGCAUGUAUUGAGUUAUCUGACAGUGUAAUUGAAUCAAUAUCUGAGGUAGUAAUUCAAGAUAAUAUAUUGAUAAAUGAUGAAAGUUCAAUUUCACUACCCAUGAAUUGGUUUUGUGAUGUUACUACUAAUAAUGGAUCUGUUAUAGCAAAAACUUAUUUUAUUCUCAGUCCAUUUCAAAUAUACAAUAAAAGAGUUGUGGAAAAACGAUUAGUUAUAUUAAAAGAUUCUGAGCCAACAUUUUACAUUAAUGAGAAACAAAUUAAGUUAUCACAGGUUGGAAUAAAUAAUUAUGAUGAAACAUUGAAUAUUGAAUACAUGCUAAAUAUACUUGUAAAAGUUAAUGUUUGUCGAGGUGUAAAAACUGACAAAAAUGUAAAAACUUCUUUUGGUUCUCAAUUUAUAGAAUUUAAUGGUCACUGGAAACAUGCGAAUUGUUUAAAUAUUAUAGAAGAUGGAGCCAGUCAAUUAUGUGUAUGGUGUAAUAGAUUAAAAUACACCAUAAAUAAAAAAUUCAAAAUAUUGUCAGCUGGAAAGUCUUUAAGAGUACCUUUAACACCGAGCAAAAAAAGCAAAUUCAAAAAAAUUCUUAAAUCCAAAAAAAUUGCAAGCCAAAAGUUUUCGAGAGCGCAUAAAACAAUUAAAAAUUUGAAAUUGCAGUUGAAUAAUAUCAAAACUAAAAUAUCCCAAGUCUCAUCAACCACAUUAAAUGAAAUAAUUCAGAAAUCUAAUUUAUCUGACUGUCAAUCUAAUUUAGUCAAUGAAAUUUUUAAUGCUGCUAAAGUUAAAUGUAAGAAUCAGAGAAGGUAUAGCGAUAACUGGAUUCUAUUAUGCUUAAUUUUACAGAUUAGAAGCCCAAGUGGAUAUAGAUUUCUGAGAAACCAAAACAUACUUCCACUUCCCUGUGUAAAAACUGUUAGAAAUCUUGCAGAUAGUUUUACACAACCUAUUGCAGUUUUUGCCUCCAAAGGUCCUGUAAAAGGAAUGGAUUUGACCAAAUUAGUAGUGAAAGCAAUAAUAGCCAAAAAGAAACUUUCAAAACUUGUAUCCAGUUAG